AUGCAAGACUUACUGUACGGGUUCAAUGGCCCAUGCGUUAUGGACUGCAAAAUAGGGUACAGAACGUUCCUCGAGAGCGAGGUCCAGAAUGAAGAGUUGAGACCGGAUUUGCUAGGCAAGAUGCGCAAGCUAUCACCGGGAGAUAUAACCGCCGAGGAAGAGAAGGCAGGAGGGGUGACCAAACUGAGGUAUAUGCAGUUCCGAGAGAAUCUAAGUUCCACCAGCAAAUUGGGGUUCAGGAUCGAGGGUAUUAAG